AUGUGCUCACUGCUUUGCAGGGCUACGGAAGUUGCUCGCGGCGAAAUGCCUCAGGAAGAGCUUGAGAAGAUUGAGCAGCAAGAGUUUGAGUCGGGUCCCAUGUCCGUCCUCACACAGAGCGUGAAGAGCAACACACAAGUGCUCAUCUUCUGCCGCAACAACAAGAAGCUGCUGGCGCGUGUCAAGGCCUUUGAUCGCCACUGCAACAUGGUCCUCGAACAGGUCAAGGAGAUGUGGACCGAGACCCCCAAGGCUGGCAAGGGCCAGAAGAAGAAAAAGCCCAUCAACAAGGACCGUUUUAUCAGCAAGAUGUUCUUGCGCGGUGAUACCGUUAUUCUCGUCCUCCGCAACCCCAUGGCAGCUGAAGAGUGA